UGUGUGUGAUGCUACAACCUCCUUAUAAAGGGACUCUCUCUCACGUUGUGUCUUGGAAAUUAGAGCACAUUGCCUAAAAUUGAGGUCUCCACACAUACACACACACACACACACGCCGCUGCCAUGAACUCGAUGAACGUGGAGGAGAAGCUGCUCUUCUGGGUCGGCGCGUUCACCGUGGCCUCCCUGGUGCUGUGGGUCCUCUACAAGCUGCUCUCAGGCUUCAGGAUCUGGGUCUUGGGGAACGGGAUGCUGAUCUAUCCAAAUCUGGGCAAAUGGGCUGUUGUGACGGGCGCCACUGAUGGAAUCGGGAAAUCCUAUGCGGAGGAGCUGGCUCGCCGUGGAUUUGCCUUGAUGUUGAUCAGUCGCUCCCAGGACAAGCUGGAUGACGUGGCCAGGUUACUAAAGGAACAGUACAACGUGGAGACCGGGACCAUCGCAGUGGACUUUGGCAGGAGUGACAUUUACAAAAAGAUCGAGGCGGGGCUGGCUGGAUUAGAGAUCGGGGUUCUUGUGAACAAUGUUGGUGUUUCCUACCCCUACCCCGAGUACUACCUCAAUAUUCCUGAUCUGGACAAUUUCAUCACAAACAUGGUUAACGUCAACAUAACUUCAGUCUGCCAUAUGACCCGCCUGGUGCUGCCCAGGAUGGCUGAGAGGUCCAAAGGAGUCGUCCUGAACAUCUCCUCUGCCAGCGGCAUGUACCCCCUCCCUCUGCUCACCGUCUACUCUUCCACAAAGGCCUUUGUGGAUUUCUUCUCUCGUGGCCUUCAGGAAGAGUACAGGCGUCAGGGCGUCAUCAUCCAGAGUGUGCUGCCCUUCUUCGUGGUGACCAAAAUGACUCGCAUCAGGAAGCCCACCCUGGACAAACCCACCCCCGACCGCUAUGUGCUGUCUGAGCUUGCCACUGUGGGUCUGCAGAGCCAAACCAAUGGAUAUUUCCCUCAUGCCGUCAUGGGCUGGCUGACCACCAAGCUGGUGCCGAUCGACCUGGUCAUCUUCUUUGGAGCAAGGAUGAACCGUCUGCAGCGCACCGGGUACCUGAACAGGAGGAAGAUGAGGGAGCUGAAGAACGGAGACGCUCUGAAGAACGGAGACGCUCUGAAGAACGAUUAGGAAGACGGCUGAUGAAUCUGUGGACUCAUGGUGGAGAGAUUGUGAUUUUUGGAUCUGUAUGGUGAAUCCUCCAGGGUUGCCUGAGUUUCACAUGUGUGCCUUCAGUAAAAUGUGCUCGGCAAAGCGUGUGUAAGACUUUGAACGGUAAACUAUUCCCUGAUGUUUUGUCAAAAGAGAAAUGGUCAAAGAAGGCAGAAGUUAAAAUGUAAUGCUGCUCUUGGCAAAUAUUGUCAAUGACACUAAUGGUGAACAUAAUACAACCAAAAAUUAAUGAGGGAUUUGUUAACCCUGCUGUUGUAAGCAGUGUAACAUGGUGGAGGGCAUCUUUUUAUAUGUAUGUAUAAUUAUUUAUUUCAUAUUUGUAUGAACGCACGAGCCAAACUCAGACCUUUUUUUAGAGUUUAUCUUUCAACCUUGUCCUGUUUACAAUUCAUUUAGCCAUUUUAAAGAUGGCCACAUCUGCGGUCUGUCAGUUAUCUUGCAAUACUGAACUGCUAUCACUAUGCAUCAGCUCUUUCAUAAUAUUGCGUGUUUGCAUUAUAUUUAAAAUGUUGUGGUGGGUUGCUGUCACACCAAUGUGUCACUUGCUCUAAACCAAAGUCUUUCACAAUAACUGCGGCAUUAAUCCGAAGUGCCUUUUUGGUCAAAUGUAAUGAGAGGGUGUUGAAUGGUUAAAAUGUAUUAUUAUGAAAGGAUGUAAUUCAACUGGUAUGAUGUGAACUAAACGGUUGCUCCGUUUUGUGCCUUUUUAAUUGAAAUGUAAACCUUUAGCCAAAGAAGGAAAACCUCUUAACCGACUCAGUGUAGAGCAAAUGUCCUUCCAGUUGAAGUAAAACCUAAAGUGUGAAUGUUUUACAUCAUUGGCUACAAUCUGGUUCACAUACUAAGACAGGUUUGCUUCAGAAACAGGACGACUGCGCCGCUUUACUCAGUUGAUGUGUGUGUAAGUGAAAACCCCGUAUGAAUUGGUCUGACCAUUGCCUUAACUAAGCGGUUAUGUGAAUGCUUUUCCUUUUUGUAACAAGUCUUUUAAUAUGCUUCUAAAUAAAACAUAAUUGAAUUUCUACAUGUGCAGUGGCAACUAAUGUUUUCUACUGUUUGUUAAUAAAAGCUCUGGCACAAAG